AUGACCGAACAACGCGAAUCAAGCAGUCAGCUCCACAUCGAACACCCAGGGAAAUUUGUAACUGGUCAACAUACUCAAGCUCGAGAUCCCUUGAGCAAGAAGAUUAUUUGCGAGCGCGGGCGGAGACCCAGAGAAAAAUCAUCGGCUCCGUAUGCCGCUCGUGGCAAGUUUUUGCUCGAUCAAGGCGCGGUCGUUAUGUCAAUUUCGGGAACAACAAAAAGUAGCUCUCCCGAAUUUAUGCAGAGCUUGAAUUGGGAGAUUGUGGAAACUGACCAGGACGAUGUACAAGCACUCUCCGGCAUUUCGCUUCCACACCUGAGACGCCUACGAAUGACUACCUGGGAUUCCUUUCAUCCUGACCCAUUUAUUGAUGCUCUAA